GGCCAGUGUGUCUUUGGUUUUGUACACUUAAGGAGAGGGUUAAGAAGAGAACUGAAAGAUUUAUCACCAUGAACCGGGCCUGGACUGUGUUCAAGGCUCACCCGUACAUCAGUAACAUCCUGGGAUACACAACGCUGUUUGCUUCUGCUGACCUCAUACAGCAGAGUGUGCUGGGUGGGAAUCACACUGCAGGAUCCACAUCGGAGGAUCGAGCUGGCAUCGACUGGUGUCAGACAGCUCGAGUGGCGACUGUCGGCUUCUGUUUCCAUGCCAACUUCAACUACCACUGGCUCAGAUGGCUGGAGAGGAUGCUGCCAGGGGGCGGAGUAAAGGCAGUGACAGGGAAAGUUGUCAUAGAUCAGCUGGUCGCAGCUCCUCUCACCAUCAGUGCCUUUUAUAUUGGUUUAAGUUUACUUGAAAAGAAAGAUGACCCGCUUGAAGACUGGAGACAGAAAUUCUGGACAUCUUACAAGACUGGAGUGGUAUAUUGGUCAACAAUGCAGGCAGUGAACUUUGCCCUGGUCCCCCCUGUAGCACGGACAGUGUUUCUCGGAGGCAUCGCACUGACUUUCACAAUCUACCUGUGUCACCUCAGACAGCAGCAUGGCCACAAAGUCGAAUAAACCUCGCCUCCAUGAUGCAAGCUCUUGUACACUGUAACUGUUUCAAAGUAUUAUUUUUCUGUGCAUAUCGUGUGAAAACAAAUAAUGGCAUUAGAUACAUAGAUAAACUAAUUUAAGGGAGGAAUCCAGUUGCAUUGUCAUUAGAUUCAUUAGAGGAAACAAGGUUUCCUAAAUAAUGUAUACAAAUGUGAAUUAGAGUGCUGAAUCAUAUCGGUGUGAUCUGUCCUUCUGAGAACAGAGCUAUUGAAUUCACACUUUCAUUAUGUCAUAUUAACUUUGUUGACAUUUUUUUAACCAAUAAAAGUAAUAAAGGUUUAAUUAAGGACAUUGUAUUCAUUCAGAUUGUACAAUCAUGUAAAUAACUUUUGUUGUAGUAGUAGUAGCAGUAAUACUAUUAGUAGUAGCAGUAGUAGUAGCAGCA